UCUGGCUGCAGAUUGUCGCGUGGUGGGCACAAGGAUCCAGAGCCACCGUGGCUUUUGACAACAUCUCCAUCAGCCUGGACUGUUACCUCACCAUCAGUGGGGAGGACAAGAUGCCACAGAAGGAAGCACCCAAAUCAAGAAAUCUGUUUGAGAGAAAUUCAAACAAGGAACCCAAGCCUGGGGAAAACUUGCCAAGUGAGACCCCCACCUUUGACCCUACAGUUCACUGGCUGUUCACCACGUGUGGGGCCAGCGGGCCCUACGGCCCCACGCAGGCCCAGUGCAACAAUGCCUACCGGAACUCCAACCUGAGCGUGGUGGUGGGGAGCGAGGGCCCCCUGAAGGGCAUCCAGACCUGGAAGGUGCCUGCCACUGACACCUACAGCAUCUCGGGCUACGGCGCGGCUGGCGGGAAAGGCGGGAAGAACACCAUGAUGCGCUCACACGGCGUGUCUGUGCUGGGCAUCUUCAACCUGGAGAAGGACGACACGCUGUACAUCCUGGUGGGGCAGCAGGGGGAGGACGCCUGCCCCAGCACAAACCGAUUAAUCCAGAAGGUCUGCAUUGGCGAGAACAACGUGAUAGAAGAAGAAAUCCGCGUAAACAGAAGCGUCCACGAGUGGGCAGGAGGGGGCGGAGGAGGGGGCGGAGCCACCUACGUGUUUAAGAUGAAGGACGGUGUGCCAGUGCCCCUGAUCAUCGCAGCCGGCGGUGGCGGCAGGGCCUACGGGGCCAAGAAAGACACGUUCCACCCAGAGAGGCUGGAGAAUGACUCCUCAGUUCUAGGGCUGAACGGCAAUUCCGGAGCCGCAGGCGGCAAUGCAGCCUCAAACAAUGAUCCCGAGAUGGACGGGGAGGAUGGGGUUUCCUUCAUCAGCCCUCUAGGCAUCCUGUACACCCCGGCUUUAAAAGUGAUGGAGGGCCACGGGGAAGUGAACAUUAAGCAUUAUCUAAACUGCAGCCGCUGUGAGGUAGAUGAGUGCCACAUGGACCCCGAGAGCCACAAGGUCAUCUGCUUCUGUGACCACGGGACGGUGCUGGCCGAGGACGGCGUCUCCUGCAUUGUGUCACCCACCCUGGAGCCCCACCUGCCACUCUCCCUCAUCCUCUCUGUCGUGACCUCUGCCCUCGUGGCCGCCCUCGUCCUGGCUUUCUCCGGCAUCAUGAUUGUUUACCGGCGGAAGCACCAGGAGCUGCAAGCCAUGCAGAUGGAGUUGCAGAGCCCGGAGUAUAAACUAAGCAAACUCCGUACCUCCACCAUCAUGACCGACUACAACCCCAACUACUGCUUUGCGGGCAAGACCUCCUCCAUCAGCGACCUGAAGGAAGUACCCCGGAAGAAUAUCAGCCUCCUUCGGGGCCUGGGCCACGGCGCGUUUGGGGAGGUGUACGAAGGUCAGGUGUCUGGAAUGCCCAAUGACCCGAGCCCCCUGCAAGUGGCUGUAAAGACUCUGCCAGAGGUGUGUUCCGAACAGGAUGAGCUGGAUUUCCUCAUGGAGGCCCUGAUCAUCAGCAAAUUCAACCACCAGAACAUCGUGCGCUGUAUUGGGGUGAGUCUGCAGGCCCUGCCUCGAUUUAUCCUCCUGGAGCUCAUGGCCGGAGGAGACCUCAAGUCCUUCCUCCGGGAAACCCGCCCUCGCCCGAGUCAGCCCUCCUCCCUGGCCAUGCUGGACCUUCUGCACGUGGCUCGGGACAUUGCCUGUGGCUGUCAGUAUUUAGAGGAGAAUCACUUCAUCCACCGGGAUAUUGCUGCCAGGAACUGCCUCUUGACCUGUCCAGGCCCUGGAAGAGUGGCCAAGAUCGGAGACUUUGGAAUGGCCCGAGACAUCUACAGAGCAAGCUACUACCGAAAGGGAGGCUGUGCAAUGCUGCCAGUUAAAUGGAUGCCCCCAGAGGCCUUCAUGGAAGGGAUCUUUACUUCUAAGACAGACACAUGGUCUUUCGGAGUGCUGCUGUGGGAAAUCUUCUCGCUGGGAUACAUGCCGUACCCGAGCAAGAGCAACCAGGAGGUCCUGGAGUUCGUCACCAGCGGAGGCCGGAUGGACCCACCGAAGAACUGUCCUGGGCCUGUAUACCGGAUAAUGACCCAGUGCUGGCAACAUCAGCCUGAAGACAGACCCAACUUUGCCAUCAUUUUGGAGAGGAUUGAAUACUGCACACAGGAUCCGGACGUGAUCAACACAGCCCUGCCCAUCGAGUACGGCCCGCUCGUGGAAGAGGAAGAGAAGGUGCCCAUGAGGCCCAAAGACCCCGAGGGGGUCCCUCCUCUCCUAGUCUCGCCUCCACAGGCCAAGAGGGAGGAAGGGCCCGAGCCUGCGGCCCCAGCCCCGGCCCCGGGGCCCCCCACUUCCUCAGGCAAAGCCCUGAAGAGAGCAGCGGCGGGGGAGGCCUCGGCCCGCGUGGCCCGGGCGCCGGCCUUGCAGGGUGGGCACGUGAAUAUGGCUUUCUCGCAGUCCAGCCUCCCGCCGGAGUUGCACAAAGUCCAGGGAUCCAGAAACAAACCCACCAGCCUAUGGAACCCAACUUAUGGCUCCUGGUUUACGGAGAAACCCGCCAAAAAGAACAAUCCUCCAGAGAAGAAGGAGCAGCUCGAGAGGGGAAACCCGGGACGCGAGGGGAGCUGUACUGUGCCCCCCGGCGUGGCCAGCGGCAGACUUCCGGGGGCCUCGCUGCUCCUCGAGCCGUCCUCGCUGACGGCCACCAUGAAGGAAGUGCCUCUCUUCCGGCUGCGUCACUUCCCGUGCGGCAACGUCAACUAUGGCUACCAGCAACAGGGCCUGCCGCUGGAGGCCAGCGCCGCGCCCGGGCCCGGGCACUACGAGGACGCGGCGCUGAAGACCCAGCCCGGGCCCUGA